AUGUCCGCACCCUCUCCAGCACCCUCUCCAGCACCCUCUCCAGCACCCUCGGCUCAGCCGCUGCGUUCGGCUCUGAAGAACGACAAUGAUGCCGUUCAGAUUGCUGAACCUGAGUCGUCGCCUCACGAUGAGGCCUCAGUCAAGAAGCAGUUUCCUGCAGGCGUUGGCAGGAGGCUGAGUGGACGCCCUGGUCUGUCUGCCACGCCGUCUAGGUCCUCGACUCUCAGCCAGACUCCCAGCAUCGAUGUUGCCGGCGAAACCGAGCUCACUGCUUCUCCGGCACUCAUUGAAGAACCUCAAAACAGUGGCGUCGCCUCCUACCACCGCCAUAGAAUUGAUCGCGUGAGUGAGAAGUUGGUAGCUCAGGUGGCUGAAUGGCUCCACCGAGAGAAAGCCAAGAAGGAGUCUAGAAAGAGUCGGAAGCAUUCUUCGCGCCGCAAGUCACCUCCAGAGACGCCUGAAGCCGGUCGUCCUCGUGCCGAUUCUCUCGAGUCUGAUUCGAGUGAAGUGUCUCUUGAUCGACUUCAGAGGAUUAUCGACGACAGCAUGUCGGCUUUGGGACUGGGGUCUGUUCCUCACCUAGGACCUCGUCUAAGCAAGAAGCACCGGAAGAGGUCUAGUAGGAGCCUCAGAGGUGCGGCAUCAUCGGACACGGAAUUUUUCGAUGGUGAUGUUGUGGUUCCCAGCUGUGAUGCGGCCCUCGACAACUCCAAGACCAUGAGCUACACUGGAGGCAAGGCGGCCGACGACAACGCUUCUAUCUCUAGCCGCAGGGAGGAUAAAGAGAAGCAAGCUUGGACUGUGUUCAAGAAUGAAAUCAUUCGUUUGGCACACACGCUGAGGCUCAAAGGGUGGAGGAGGGUGCCCCUUGACAGCGGAGAGCAGAUCUCAGUUGAACGUCUCAGCGGCGCAUUGACAAACGCUGUGUAUGUGGUCUCGCCGCCCCCUGAAUCGGCACUGCUUCCCGCCGAGGGCAAGAAGACGCCGGGCAAGGUGCUGCUAAGAAUCUAUGGUCCCCAGGUGGAGCACCUCAUCGACCGUGAAAACGAGCUGAGCGUGCUUAGAAGGCUGGCCAGAAAGAAGAUUGGCCCUCGCCUGCUUGGCACUUUUUUAAACGGUCGGUUUGAGCAAUACCUCAACGCUGCUGCGCUCACUUCGCAAAGCAUGCGGGAGCCGGAUACCUCCAGACAGAUUGCUAAGCGCAUGAGGGAGCUUCAUGACGGCGUGGAGCUGUUGGAGGAAGAGAAGGACCUUGGCCCCAGUGUUUGGAGAAACUGGGACAAGUGGCUUGCCCAAGUCGAGAAGACUGUUUUGUUCCUUGACAAGCAAUACAAUGACGGGCCAAACGACCUGUCUCGUGGUCCUAGCGACAGCUGGAAGAAGAAGGGUUAUGUCUGCGGAGUGGAAUGGCCGGCCUUCAAGGAGCUGGUCCGAAAGUAUCGCCAGUUUCUUGAUGGCCAGUAUGGCAACCCGAAGAAGAUCAGAGAGAAGCUUGUCUUUGCACACAACGACACUCAAUACGGCAAUAUUCUCCGCGUCCGUCCGGACGAUCAGAAAUCACCCCUUCUUCAGCCCGCCAACGAGCACAAGCAAUUGGUUGUUAUUGAUUUUGAGUAUGCCGGUGCCAACAUUCCAGGACUUGAGUUUGCCAACCAUUUCUCCGAAUGGACAUACGACUAUCAUGACGCGCGGUACCCUCAUGUUUGUGACACCGCCAAGUAUCCCAACGUUGACCAGCAGCGCCGGUUUAUCAGGGCCUAUGUCGAUCAUAGGCCUAGGUUCCCGUAUAUUGACUCUGCCAAAAGCACGCCCGCCACGACACCCACAGGGACCGGACCAGGAACUUCUAUUCACACGGCGGGAUCUACAACCUCUAUUGCUGACUUUAUGCUGGAUGCCCGCGUCCCAGCCGGUGGGUGGAAGGAGGAGGAGAGAAAGAGGGAAGCGGCAACGGAGAAGCGAGUCAAGGAGCUGAUGGAGGAGACCAAACUCUGGCGCACAGCCAACAGCGCCCAGUGGGUUGCGUGGGGUCUUGUCCAGGCUAAGAUUCCUGGUUUGAAGGUUUCCUCGGAUGGCGAGGCGGAGGAUGUGACUCCAACCGAGGAGGAGACUGAAGAGGAUGCCGAUGCGUUUGAUUAUCUUGGAUAUACACAGUCGAGAGCCUACUUUUUCCUGGGUGAUUGUGUUCAACUUGGUUUGAUCAAGUUGGAGGAUCUUCCCGAGGAGACUAGGGGACGGGUGAAGAUUGUUGAGGUUUGA